AUGUCCUACCUACAGAACCAACUCAAAGCAUUCAAAUCCGAUCUGACCUCAUCUUCGGCGAAGCUCUCUACAAAGCGCAGCGUCAAUGCGCCGGCAACAUCAACGCCGUCACCUUCCCCAUCCGUUGUAUCGGCGGCGAGUAAGAAUGACCUCAAACGGAAACGGCCCGACGGGCCAGCAAUAGUCUACUCGCAGCCGGCCGAUACUGGCACAGGCAAACACAUCAUGACCCAAGUUACCUAUGCAGUCGAUUAUCUGAAGUCAAAGGACAAGCCGCAAACGCUCAAAGACAUAUUCAGUUACUUGUCUCUGCAGCACGCUGAAGAAUCAAACCGAAAAAGUAUCGGAACGAUUCUGAAAAACCAUGAGAAAGUCGAGUACGACCGCAACGGAGCUAAUGGGGAGGGGACCUUCCGUUUUAAGCCGAUCCACAAUAUCCGGUCAAAAGACGAGCUGUUGCGGUUCUUGCAAACCCAACCUACAGCGCAGGGUCUCUCAGUGCGAGAGCUCAAGGAUGGAUGGCCAGGCGCGGUGGCGGCGAUAGACCAGCUCGAGGAUCAAGGGAGAUUGUUGGUGAUUCGUAAUAAAAAGGACGCACAGGCGAAGAUGGUCUGGGCAAAUGAUCCGUCAUUGGCGCAAACUGUGGAUAGAGAAUUUCAGGACUUAUGGCACAAGAUCAAGUUGCCCACGACCCAGGCAGACCUCGCCGGAGAGCUCGAAAAAGCCGGUUUAACCCCCACGAGCAAAGCAGAAGUGAUCAAGGUCAAACCAAAGAAGGAAGAAAAGAAGCGAAAGACGGCGAGAAAGGGUGGACGCACCACAAACACGCACAUGUUGGGCGUUUUGCGGGAUUAUUCUCACUUGAAGAAGUGA